AUGUCUAUUUUUGGAGAACCUCUUCCGCAUGAGGAUGACACCGCGACUUCACUUAUUCGGCGUGAGGGCUACCCACCUCUUGGAUCAUAUGAUCAAAUGCCCCAGGUGUACGUGUGCCCCUGCUGCAGCGCCAUAAACCCCAGCCAUGAACGUGAUCAUCUGCUGCGCACUGCAAAGGAGGAGAAGGAGUUGGAGCGACGUCGGAUCAUGCAACUCGACAUAUUUGACGAGCGGGCGAAACCCAUCAGCACUGCCGCACCUCGACCGCGCAGCAUUAAUAUUCAUCAUGACCCCGAAGACGAUGAACUAAACCAGCCGGUCGUGCCUCCACCACCGAUGACCUUGGAUGAGCUGCGGAAGUUGCGGCAGGAGGCAAACAAGACGCGGCUCAUUGUAACUGUUCAUCAUGGGAAGAAUCUUCAGGCUGAUCCACAUGAUCCGACAUCCAUUCUUGUGCGCUGUGGUGCUUUUGAGGGACAAACAGCGAAGGUGCCUCGUGGUACUGGCACUAUUUGUACGUGGGAGGAACUUUUUGAGUUUCCUUAUCCCAAUGAAGAGGAACCACUGGAGGUGCUUGUCAUUGAUGAUGAACUUCCUGCCGAUCAGGACCAUAUCUUGGGCGGUAUUGUUGUGCCGCCAUACGCAUUGCGCAAUCGUGCUCGUGGUGAUGAGGAUGUGUUACCAGUUUGCAGAGAGGGUGAGAUGCACCGUGGUUAUGGUCGCAUGAAGGAGACUCCUCUGGGCUCCAUUGUCGUUUCGUGGUACGUGAAGUAUGACGGACAGGAGACUGAGCCCACCGAUGGUAAACAGAAUCUUGAGAGUCCUGUUGACUGCGUCUUUGUCGUUCACCGCAUCUUCCAGUACACAGACAAUGGAACAACGCCCUUUACGGGAGGUGUUCUUUGCGUUCUGCGUGACACAGACGAUAACUGUUCCGCAUCCACCCAGUACCAACCAAGUGGCGUGGCAAACAUGUCAACUUCGCCGUAUUACACCAAAGAAGGUUUUAAUUAUCUCCCCGAACCAUCAUCGCAGAUCAUGCAACUCAUUACAGAAAAGAGGCUUGGUCACGUGCUGGUCUGCGUUCCCAAAAGCGACGAAGAAGGCGAGGAAAAUGAGGAGCUACUGGUUGUUGGUGCUGUUCCACUUGAUUUUGGGGAGUUAUACCGCAAAGGCUCUGCUGUUUUGCUUGUUGAAUCAAAGGUAAAGGAGGACGUUCUGUGGGGUGAGAUUGCGCUUGAGUGGUGCUUCACACCACAUGCAGAUGUGCAAAGGAAAUUGGAAGAGCUCCAAUUGGCCGAAGAGAGCAAGCUGGAGCAUGAAGCCUUGGAGGACAAGGAGAUGCCGCCAACCAGUGGGUCCCUCUUUGUAACCGUCGUACGUGGUUUGAACCUUACCAACUGCGAUGGAAGACCGCUCACCCGGGCGCAGGUGUCUGUGUUUUCCGGCGAUAUGGAGGGCUCGACAUUUGUUGCUCCCAGGGAGGUGGGCGAAGAUGGUCUCACAAACGUCAUGAACUGGAACCAGGAAGUCCGUUUUAUCGACUUGGACGGAGAUCCAUCUGAAAUUACUGUGUACGUUAUUGAUGAAGAUCAAAGAGUCAGCAGUGGCGCCUUCGCAGUGGAACAAGACCGUGGCUACGCUGUUGUGAAGAUGCACGACCCGUAUGACGAGGAGAAGCAGAUGGGGGAGCUUUUGGUGACGUACAACCGUCAUUGCACCGCCGAGGACGCCGCGGCCAAAGUGUCAGGCAUACAAAACGGAGAGGCCAACAAGGUGAACGGCAACGGGACGCGGCGUAUUUCAACAAAGGAAGGAAGCGAAAGGUCUCCGGGAUCUCGAAGCCACCGGUACAGCAACGAUGAUAUUUGUGAAAGAGACAAUGAAAGUGAGGACAAUAUCAACGCCUUAGAAGGAUAUGAGUACGAUGACAUGCAUAAAGGUGGCAAAAAACACUCAGAUGAGGAGCAAUCGAGAAGUCGGUCACGAAAUCGAAGCUACCCCGAAGAGAAAGAGGACUCAAGGAGGGAGCGGUCCGGAAGGGAGGGAAGGGAGCGAGGCUACCCCGAAGAGAAAGAGGACUCAAGGAGGGAACGGUCCGGAAGGGAGGGACGGGAGCGAGGCUACCCCGAAGAGAAAGAGGACUCAAGGAGGGAACGGUCCGGAAGGGAGGGAAGGGAGCGAGGCUACCCCGAAGAGAAAGAGGACUCAAGGAGGGAGCGGUCCGGAAGGGAGGGAAGGGAGCGAGGCUACCCCGAAGAGAAAGAGGACUCAAGGAGGGAACGGUCCGGAAGGGAGGGACGGGAGCGAGGCUACCCCGAAGAGAAAGAAGACUCAAGGAGGGAACGGUCCGGAAGUGAAGGAAGAAAACGAACCUACCCCGAAGAGAAAGAGGACUCAAGGAGGGAACGGUCCGGAAGGGAGGGACGGGAGCGAAGCUACCCCGAAGAGAAAGAGGACUCAAGGAGGGAACGGUCCGGAAGGGAGGGAAGGGAGCGAGGCUACCCCGAAGAGAAAGAGGACUCAAGGAGGGAACGGUCCGGAAGGGAGGGACGGGAGCGAAGCUACCCCGAAGAGAAAGAAGACUCAAGGAGGGAGCAAUCGGGAAGUGAAGGAAGAAAACGAACCUACCCCGAAGAGAAAGAAGACUCAAGGAGGGAGCAAUCGGGAAGUGAAGGAAGAAAACGAACCUACCCCGAAGAGAAAGAAGACUCAAGGAGGGAACGGUCCGGAAGGGAGGGAAGGGAGCGAGGCUACCCCGAAGAGAAAGAAGACUCAAGGAGGGAGCAAUCGGGAAGUGAAGGAAGAAAACGAACCUACCCCGAAGAGAGAGAGGACGCAAGGAGGGGGCGCGACCACCCUGAGGAAGGUUUGAGGAAUGCUGGUGCCGGAGAUAAUAUUCCGGGGGAUGUAGUGGGUCGCGAAAGCGGAAAACGAGAGCCUGUACAGAAUGAGCGUUCUAGGGAGGAAGAUGAACCGAAUUAUUAUGGUGGGUACCCCCAGGAGUAUUUGAGUGAAAGGGUGUUGAAGUCAGGGCACGACGAAAAUGAGAAGCAGGAGGAAAUGGAGGGUCAGGAUGUAGCAGCCAGCAGCAAGCCGCCACGGGCCGUAAGGACCACUCUUCUGGAGGACAAGCACAGAAGCUCCCGUGGUGCGUCGCCUCCCAAUGGCCCUGCUUCCGCUUCUGUUCCCUCACAACCGCACUCCACACCACACUCGGAUUGGAGUCAGGGUGACACAGGCUUUGAGCCCCGUGGAGGGAAAACUAAAGUCGGAAAGUCUCCAUCCCGCCCCGAGCAGUUUUCUGUGCCCAAGGUUCCCACGGUGCGGCAGCCAUGGUUUCCUGCUGGUUCUACCGGGAAUGAAGAUCACAUCCCACUUGAAAAACGCGAAAGCUUUAUCAACCGCACAGACUCUAUCAGGGAUUUGGAGCGUCGCUCACGAGUGUCCGAAAAAAGCAGUGGGCGUCAUGUGAGUCGGCAGAGCACAACGCAUGAUUAG